AAAUACUUGGUCUCCUGAGACUUUCGCGUAGGCCGAAAUCCAUAGCAUCACAAUCUCUCACAUUCUCGUCAUGAUCAUCGCUCCGCGAAUCAAACUAAACCCUUUCAGUUUCUUGUCUUGCAUUGGGUCAGCUGGCCAGAGACUUCCUGUUCGUUCAUGUUAUGAUUCUUUGCCUUUAAAUCGAACACGGUUCAUCUCAACAGCACCCGCUGCUGGAUCAUAUAUUCAUCUCCCAACACGCGGUCUGCUCGAGAUUCGGGGCAAAGAUGCUUCAAAGUUCCUGCAAGGAUUGAUCACCAACCACAUGCCGCGCAUUGAGAAUGGUGGUAGUGGAUUUCUUGCUGCAUUCCUCAAUCCUAAGGGAAGGGUAAUGUAUGAUACGUUCAUCCACCCCAUGAAUACGAGUAAGGAUGAGUCCGACCCAGCUUUUUUGAUUGAAUGCGAUGCCAGAGCUCUUCCAGAGCUGCAUAAGCACAUUGCUCGGUUUGUGCUGCGCUCCAAGGUCAAGAUGGUUGGCGUGACAGAAUCCUUUGAUGUGUACUCCGUACUGGAUCAUCCUCAAGGACUUGAUUACAAAAAGUACGACAAGAUAAUGCCCGAUAAUGCUUCAGUAAUGGAUCGAAUUCAUAGAAUGAACGCCACUAUUGGCAUGUUAGAUACCAGAGCAGACAGUCGGAUGGGAUUUAGAGUCGUAGUUCCUAAGGGACAAUCCUUAUCACUCCCAGAAGGAUACAAUCAAGGAACAUUGGAGGAGUACCAUGUGCGAAGGAUCAUUAACGGUGUUCCAGAAGGAAUCGAUGAUUUUAUUGCGGGAACAAGUCUUCCUUUAGAGUACAACAUCGAUUUCAUGAACGGAGUCGACUUCAGAAAAGGAUGCUAUGUUGGUCAAGAACUAACUAUUCGUACACAUCAUAAAGGAAUCAUUCGAAAAAGAGUAUUGCCCAUUCAAUAUUUUGGGCCCAACGAGCCCGAACCGGCUUCAAUUCAGUUCGAUAAGAACGCGUCGCGUGUAAUUCCACCACAGUCUGAGCUAUUUCCUUCCAAGAAGAAAGAGGAUAUAAAGCAACAGCAACCAGCGGCUUCGUCCUCUUCUGCAAGACCAGUUAGGGCAUCAGGCAAGACUGGAUCAAACGUAGGCAACAUUGGCUUGGCGUUAGUCAAGUUAGAUGAUAUUGCUAACGGAAUCAUAUUCGAUGUUAUGGAUCGCGAAGGUGCAACUAUCCAUGCCAAGGGAUUCUUCCCGACCUGGUGGCCUCAACAGAUCACUUCAGAAGAGAAUACAUCGCCAAACGCGUAGAGUUUAAGGAGGUGGUAAUUUUACAUUACUUAAUAAAACUCAAACAAAAAGAAGC